UGACGUUAUAGGUUGUCUAUAUUUCUCUCUACAGUAACUCAGAUUAAAUAGAAGACAGCGCAGCGUGUAUAAGUAGUUGGAUAAUUGUAAAGUUCGUAUAGUUAAUUGAUUCCGUUCCUAUUUCCAAAACAGUGAGGAAUAAUCAGAGGCGGCAAAAUGACAAAAUCUGAGAAUAUUUUCUUGUUUGUGCCCAACAUUAUUGGCUAUGGCAGAGUGAUUUUGGCUAUUAUAUCUUUCUAUCUUAUGACAACUAACUAUAUUAUUGCAUCAUGGUGUUACAUUAUUAGUGCACUAUUAGAUGCAGUAGAUGGUUAUGCAGCAAGAUAUUUUAAUCAAGGUACCAAAUUUGGUGCUAUGUUAGAUCAGUUAACUGAUCGUAUUGGUACCAUGUGCCUUUUAGCUACACUGUGUAUAUUUUAUCCAUCAUAUUCAUUCUGGUUUCAAUUAAGCAUGGCCAUUGACAUUAGUUGCCACUGGAUAUAUUUGCAUACGUCACUUUUGCAAGGAAAAACAAACCACAAAUUUCUUUCUAUGUCUGAAAAUUCAGUCCUAAGGCUGUAUUACACUGAUCGUACGGUCCUGUUUAUUAUGUGUGCUGGUAAUGAAGCCUUUUAUGCUGCAUUAUAUCUCCUUUACUUUACUGAAGGACCUAUUUUUCUCGGUAUAAGUUUAUUGAGAUUGGUAAUGUACCUUUCUGCACCUAUAGCAUUUAUUAAAUCUGGUAUCUCAUUGUUACAUGGAUACAUAUCCUGUAUCAAUUUAAGCAUCAUUGAUCUCAAAGAAAGGCAAGGACAGCCAAAAGUAAAUUAGAUUGUUGCAUUUAUUUAAUAUUACUUAGACAACUUGUAUGUUAUUGAUUGACCUUCCUAAUUUAA